UUUCAACUUUCAGGUUUUUCCUUGGCCUAUGAUGAGUACAAAAACGCGUCAGGCGAAAUACUCCAUCUUUUGGAAAAGCACUUCGUCGUCCAUAGUGGUAGAGGAGAUGUUACACGGGCUACCCAGUUGGCCAUUGCUGUUUUAAAAUCCUUAGAGCUACAGAAAGACGAAGUUAUCAAUAUAGAAGGGAGACGCCAGGUAACGAAUUGGUGACAAGUUUAGUUAAAGUUUAGGAAAACAGAAACGGGUAUUCUUUGUUUCACAGUGAUAUCGCUGUUUAUAAAACCAAAGCCAUAGCAGCAAAAUUACUUGAAUGAAAGUUAAAGAUUGCUUUCGUUCUCAAACUUUCUUACUGUUUGUACUCGUCUAGAUAGAUACGUAUGCCUUUCGCUCAAGACUUGAUUACGUGAUAAGAUACCUUUUUCACCAUUCUCCAUUACUAGAUAAUGUAAGAAGUUCCUAUUCCACUAAAAUCACUGCUAGGUUAUGGAAUGCAGUCGAAUUCAAGUGCCGGUCACGGAAUAAUAAGAAUAGUUUGCUGGAUGCAUCAUGAACAAAAGAUCCGGUCGCUAAAUCUAGGAAAAACGCAGUGAUGUUCAUUAAAAGGUAGACAAAGUUUAACUAGGUAAUAUUCAGCUGAAAGACUCCAAAAUAGCCGGGCUAAAAUUACUGGUGCACUCUUUCUAUUGGUCGAGAUAAAAAGGUAAUGCUCAGAAGGCAUAAGUAUAGAAAAAGCGGUCGUGGGUCAAAAUAAUAUGCUUGUCGAACUAAAAGGGUUUCAGAAUAAAUACAUUAAUUGGCUAUCACUUUGGACACAAUAUACUGAACGUAAUGAUUGGGUUCUAGUGCGACAGUGUUCCUCUGUGCUGCAUAUCGGGUAUUUCCUAUUUGUUACAUCCACUUGGUAUGAUGUGUGCACGACUCACUUCAUGAGCACUCGGUAUGAAUAAAGUUCUUAUUUUCUAGAUCAAAAGCCUCAUCGUAAAGACCUUGAGCAAGAUAGAUAUUGGAGACCUGAGGAAGCUCAUUCAACUCUCUUCUGUCAUUUCUCUUACGAUGAAUGAUCCAGCAGAGAUCACAGCGGAUACUAUGGUUAGUCUUUCAUCUUAGUCCUAUUUUCACGAUUGUAUUAUUGAUGCAAUGUUUUCCAUUCUUCCAUGAUGCCCCUUCGCAGCUUUAGCUGACAAUUCAUUCAUAUGCCACUCUUAUUGUACUAAGGGCCUUAAAAAUGCACUGAACAUUAUAAUGUCCUGAGUUUUAGAGGUAACUCAUUUCCUAAAGAUAGAAAAGCUGCCUUACAUUCCAAUUUCUUUUGACCGGCUAGAAUUGAUGAUCACGUCAAAUAAGAGAGGAGACGUUACGGAACAGAAUUCCCUUCUGUAGACAGUGUUCUAGGCACCUGGUUUCUCUGAAACAAUAUUCCAAGAAACUUGAGUGUCAUUUGAAUUUUUCUAUGUGAGAAACGAGUUGACACUGCAUGGAACAUGACUCGGAGAUAUGUGCAAAUAAUUUAGUUGCUAUUUGAGAAGGCUUAAGUAAGCCUCUAUGUGCUUGCUUGACUAUCGUUUUUAGGCAGUUAUGGCAAGAAACAGUCCAUUUUACCACAUGACGCUUUUGACAUUGCCGUUUCCUGAGGAACACAGAGGGAAUGUUACUUAUAGGCCCAGAGUUUGGCCGAACUUAAAGGGUUUCGAUUAUCGUGUGGCUGGUGGGAGCUAAGCUUUUUCAUUGCUCCUUCGCUCUUUAAUCGACGGAUGAAGUUAAAAUUUACUUUUUCUGUUAUUCGGGCCUUUUGAGCUUGGUUGCCAAGACUUAAAAACGGAUGGAGACCCAGUGGACCUUUUUUACAAUAGAGCUAAGAAGCUAGUCAGCAUGAUAACAGAGUUAAUGCACAUUAUAAAAACAACAAGGUUUGCAGCACACAGCUGUCAAAUGAUAUCUCCUGGGUACGCCCUAAAUCCUAAACCAAAGUCUUUCUCUCGAUCGGCAGGAACUUAUAAUGGAGAUGGUGCAGAAGAUGACAAAGUCAUUUGACGAUAUCAGUGCAAGAGGAUAUGCAUUUGAUGUGCCUUAUUCUCGCAUAGCCGAGAAGAAUCUGGUUUACUCUAUCGGAAAACAGCUUCAAGUUUUAUCUAGUGACAAUGGUGCUAUAGAGAGCUCUAGUUCCCUAAACAUAACUGUAAGUAUUAACAAGCACCCGUUCUUUUCUCAAAAGCUUUUUAGUCUCUGGCUGUGUAAAUGUUGCGUAAAUUUCUUUACAACUUCUUCAACAUGGACAUGGAACUCUUUGUGCUUUCUCCUAUCCUUACCCCUCUUUGUUUAUCCUCCUUAAUAGCCCCUAACGAAGAAAGAUUUGAGGGUUAUCUUUGUAAAACCUGAUCAAGGCUUUCGGUUAAAGGAGGCAAACCAAAAAACCGGCGAGAGAAAUUGUGAAUCUCUGCGAGACGAUUCUUUUUUCUUUCCCCGACAAACACAUUUUUCUUUCGCGCUAUUUUUGCGAUCAACUCCUCUUACUCAGAGGAUACAGGUGAUGUGUUGUGGUUUCACUAACUAGACCCAAAUGAAUAAUAAAUAAUCAGCGCUAAAAACUGAAUGUAUAGAUGGUGAAACUUUCAGUCACGGUCCAUUUGGGAGAAGGACUGUUUUACUGAAUGUUUUUCUUGAACGAGAGUUAAUUUAUAGUCUGCCUGUCCUUUCAUUCGUUCGUGUGUAUUCGAGGUUGAAGGGUUCAAAAGCGAAAAAAACCAAACCAUUCUGGUAUACUUGCAACUCCACUCCUUUAGUUCUGUGAGAUUAAGGUUAAUUAAAACCUCCACAACCCUUCCAGUUGGCUGCAGCUCCGUUAAUGUUUGGUUUUUCAAUGUAGACUUCUUUGGAAAUUAUGCGUAGAGUGUUGCAGACUGUGGUGAAGAGAAAAGUUGUCGGAGAGGACCCAACUGUGAUAAAAACGGAACCUUUGGAGGUUCUUGUCGCAAGACGUCAUCCAGAACAUGUGGCAGGUUCUGUACUUACCUUAGAAACGUGUCACAUUCAGUUUCCUGAGUCACAAAAUAUGAGAGACAUGCUUGCUGACACAGGGGAGUACGUUGACAUAGAGGUAUGGUUAUGUUUAUCACAUUUGGUUUGCGAUCUGAAAUCUGACUCUAAAAGGUAAUAGUAGGAUGAGCCAUUUGCAAAGCCGAUUAACAGAUAGAAGAGGAACUUGCAUUCGAUUCCAUUCGACCUGCUCAAAAAUUAAAGUGCAGCUUGGAAUUUUUGGAGAUUUGUACGGUUAUUCUUUGUGUGCGUUCUGUGGGAAAUAAUAGUUCGCUAAUGCGAAAAACUCAGGCUAAAAGCAACAUUGAUUAUUUUUCCGCCUCAGGUAAUUUCGUCGAAAGUCAACUAUUAUAACAGGAGUACCACCUCAUCAUUCAUCGCAUCAUAUAUUGUUGAGGUUGAUUUAAGAAGAGAGUCUGGCGAAGUCCUUAAUGUGCGGAACCUUACCACCGACAUACAACUAGGAAUAGAACUCCUCAACGGCAAUGGAAAUUCACCUGAAAAUGACUCUGUUUUUGAUCAUGAAAGCAAAUUCUUUAUCAAGCCAGGAAACAUCAAAUAUCAUAAAAUUGAAGUGAAUCGCGAACGAACCUCAUACCUCAUAACAAUGGCGUCUUCGGGGAGUUUCGACGUUUUGGUGAAAUACGAUAGCAAGCCAACAACGAAUGAUUUUGAUGCGAAUUUCACUGUCCCAGACUAUUCUUCAUGCACGAGAAACUUUAUAAUCGAUGGCGAUGAUGAAGAGUAUAACUGCAGCCGUCAUCCAAAUCAACUGCUUUUGACAAAUGCAGUAAUACAAAAACCUGGAGUUUAUUUUGUAGGGAUCCUCUAUACCCAACACUCUUCCCCUGGUAGCAAUUCCCAUCGUAUGCGGAGGUCUUGUUUUAGCACCAGCAGGAAAAAACGGUCAUGUGUUGAGACAAAAGACCCUCCACCCCCUCUGGGAGUUUUAUCAGCUUAUGAUCCGCGCGUUGGCGUGAACUACACACUUGUCUCUGAUGAACUCAGCUGCCGAUUUUGGUCACAUGAAGAACAGAAAUGGCUAACGGAGGGCUGCAAGGUAUACUGCUUAAAUUUAUUUCAGAUAAAGAGGCUUGCGGUGUGAUUAAAUUUAGAUUGGCCCAGUAACGAUGCCGAGCAUUAAACUGUUAGAAAAAUUCAUCAACUUUUUAUUGGUCAAAACUUUGGAAAAAGUAUGCCGAGGACAAAUAAAUCUAACGCUCACACUACUCUCAGUCGUAAUCUUCUUCGGUAGUUUGGUACUCGGCUGGUGCUAACGUGCAACAUGGUAAAGUGUUAUUCAAAAAUUUCCCUCCUAAAUAAGAUUAGAGAGACUUAACAAAACUUGUGUACACUUGAAAUUACUAAAUUGUUUUGAUCAGAGUCAAGCGAGUUAAAUGUUUACGCAGAGGUCGCAAUUAGUUGCACUGUAGCAAUGGAUUGGUUUAUAACUGAUUAGAAUUUCUGAUACCAAUCAUAAAACGUAGUAAAUAAAAAACAGAAGCAAAUUUCGAUUACUUUAUACUCUCAACCGAUAACCCUCUGAUGUGUUUGUUAAAAUAACCAUAAUCACUAAAAUUGUUUUUCCUUCACGCCCCAGGUCGGACCUCUUUCCAAUAAGCAUCGUCUUCGUUGUCUCUGUAACCACCUUACAUCGUUCGGUGGAAGCCUUUUAGUAGCACCCAACCCAAUUGACAUGGAUACCGUUCUUAAAGAGCUCGGCCGCCUUGACGAAACUGAUAACUUUAGCGUCCUGCUUACGAUCAUUCUUUCAUUCAUGUUGUAUUGUAUCGCCUUCGUCUUCGCCAAGAGGGUGGAUAGAAGAGAUCUUGCUAAGGUAGGGAUUUAAUCAGUAGCUUUUUCUUCAAAAUCCUCCCCUUUUUUACAGAAUUUCAACACCUUAAGAUAGAAGACAACCACAAUUUCCCAUUUGCACUAAAAAUUCAUUCGAAUCUCAGUCUCAAAGCCAAGCUUUAAGCUCUAUUAAUUGGAGAGAAUAUGUAUAAUAUAAUAACUACAGCUCAAAAAGAGAAGACCUGAAUAUGGAUAUAACUUUUAUGACUCGAUCUAUGAAUUUGCAGCGAUUUUGCCAAACAAUGUUAUCAAAGAAGAUUUCUUUUAAGGGGAAAUAAAUAAUUUUCGCUCUAUAAAACUUCAUGAAAAGGUUGUGCAAGCCGAUCUGUCCUUCCUACCGACGAGAAACUAAUACCCUACUGCUUCACUUUAUUGAUUGUUGUUUAUUAGAGUUAAAUUGUUGAUGCUCCUUGAUAGCACACUGUCAAAUUAAGUAGUACAGGAAAGCAACACUGAGAGGGGUUAGCCUAGGAUUGGAGAUAAGAUAAGAAAAGAUAGGAAUUACUUUAAUGGUAGAUGGUAUGGGUUUCAUCUACAUCUAACUCACAUGAAUAUAGAUUGUUCUCCUUUUCCCAAGAAAACUUUGAGACACCACGUACAUCUGUAGUCGGGUAGUGUAAUUGUGUUAAAGUGGAAAAUAAGACUUUAACAAUCCAUUCUUUCUUUUUUUAACAUGGGUCCAGGAUUCUGUUGGAAACAGAGGAGUCCCCUCUCGUCCACCAAUAUGAGCUCACAAUCAGUACAGGUGUGUGGUCAGAUAGUGGUACAACAGCCAAAGUUACUAUGGUGUUUUACGGUAGCCACGGCAACAGUAGAUCAAUUACUGUGCGUGGGGACCUUUAUCCUUCCCGGUUGCUACUUUCCCGCGGUAGUGUCAACAAGUACCUUGUCUCACUUCCGGCAUCCCUUGGAACAUUAAGCCACGCUCAUGUUUGGCAUGACAAUUCCGGAGAAAGUCCUUCUUGGUUCUUGGACUACAUUGUUGUUAAAGAACAAGAAACAAGUCAAAAAUGGAAAUUUUUAGGCAAUCAGUGGUUUUCUCCCGAUAAGGACGAUGGAAAAAUUGUUAGAAAGUUGUUGGUCGAAACCACUGACUCAUUUCCUGAAUUUCAAGAGGCAUUCCGCGCGCGCCUGUCUGGUACGCUGUAUGAAAAACAUUUAUGGAUGUCUUUAGUUACUAAACGACCGGGAAGUUCAUUUAUACGCACUCAACGCGUCACGUGUUGUUUGUCCGUCAUAUUCAGCGCCAUGCUGGCCAAUGCAGUGUUUUUUAACUUGGCAGGUGAACCGUCGGGGAGUACAAUCAAACUUGGUCCAUUAAAGAUUUCGAUGAAGCAAAUCAUAAUAACAAUUCAAAGCUGCUUGAUAAUAGCUCCUAUCAAUUUCCUCAUUGUUGCCCUCUUCAAAAACUCCAGGUCAAAACUCGACAAGUACUGUUGCAAUCAGUCAGGUGAAAAGGAAGAUCAACAUUCCGUGGAAGUGGAUGACGAUAGAAACAAGCCCCUGCACCAUAUUUUUCUUUACGUUGCUUGGUUUCUUUGUUUGGCCACUGCCAUAACCUCUGCCACAGUCGUGUUCUUCUACAGUCUUAUGUGGGGUAAAGAGACGGCUGAUGAAUGGCUUUCAUCAAUCCUGAUGUCCAUAACAAUGGACAUCCUUGCAGUUCAACCUGUGCGUCUUGUUAUGCUAGCCGCUGCCGCCGCCAUGAUAAUAACCAAAGCAAAUAGAACAAAAGCGAACCUCUCGUCUAAGAAAAGGUAGCCGUAGAAUCCCUAAUAUACCAAUAAACCUCUGUACGCGCCUUGUUUCCACCAUAAGAGCCAGUUAUAAUGCUAUCGGUGUAAGCUUUUUGAGGUACUCAGACAAUGUUGCUUCUUUUCUGUUUCUGUAAGUUCUUAUACAAAAUUGAACUUGGGGUUGAUUUAAAGUGAAAUAGCAGUACGACUACAAAGUUGUCGUUCCCAAUACAAGGACACUGAAUUCUUGCACAAUCAAGAGCAGAACUAAGACAAUGCUCACUUACUUUGAUAAAUUUUUCGCGUCUUUUAAGCCGUUGAUCCAUUGGUUCCUGCUCAAAUUUAAUUUGCUGUGAUUUGCUCAUACGAUUUUUUCUCUCAGUCUGGUUUCAGGCCGACACAAUCGAAAACCCUUCUUCCUUGAUCUUUGAAAAAUAUUAUACUUUGGGAUCAUCAAAAAUUUGUUACUUAUUAUUAUAUUGCAGUUGCAUGGCAGUGGAGGACGAUGAGCCACCUGACAUUUUUAAGGGAGCCUUACCAGAUGCCACGCAAUUGGAAUGUUACAAAAAGUACAGAGUCAAUGAGAAGAAAACCAUGUCAGCAUUCAAAUCUUUGAUUUCCUUUGUUUCAUUUUUGUUGAUACUUGGUAUUGUGUGCUACGGAAACCAAGAUUAUCACCAAUAUCUGAUAGGUAGAGAAGUCAAGGCCCUUUUACCACGAAGUGAAAAGGUAAGUUAUUCAUUUAAUUAUGAUUUGACAUAUUUUAAUCAUGCUAGACCUGUUGAUAUCUAUAUCGGAAUUUAAAGUUUUCAUGCGACAGACAGAUUAAUUCCUAAGGCCCAAAUUUCAAAUUCAAAAGUCAAGAAAAGACGCUGACUACGAAAUAUGAAGAAUAUUUUGCAUUGUAGAAAAGACUUUUGUUGGGUACUUCUGUUAUUAUAUAAGGAACUCAGCAAUCUUAUGAUCCUAGUUCCCUUGCAACUGAUUUAGUUAAGAACUUCUGUGAUUUGUGGGACCGUCUAUCAAAAAAAUGACGCAUUUAGAUAAGGAAGAUCUUGUAAUUAUGAUGAGCAAUUGUGAAUUUGCGUUUAGGUAUUGGAAGUUUUAAAUGCCAUAUAUAUAUGUUAUUCAGCUGACGAGAGGUCCGUAUUGGGAAAAAAAUGUGCCCAAGGUCUUGGAUACGGCCUCGGGCGGUACACAAGACAGAGGGCACAGUUUUUCCCAAUACGGACCGACCUUGGCUGGUGAAUAACAUUUUUAUUUUUUUCUAAAAUCUAACAAAUGAUUGCGAAAAGAACCUGAAUGAUAAAGGGCUGUAAUUACGGCAAGUUUCUCCAGAAACGGAACAAUUUAUGAGCGAGUAGAUGGUAGAGAAAACAAGGGCAUUGCAAAUGAAAGAGAGAGUUUUCAUCAAAACAUAUUUAUUUGCGUAAUGAUAUUAAAAGGUGAUUUAAAAGGCUUCCAAGAAAACUUCGAAGCAUUUUUCCGGAUACCGCCCGCUGUGAGCGGGCCGGAUGGGGAGAAUACUGCCCGCUCUCGGAACCAAUCCGAUUGCAGGAUUUGUAGAAUACCGCCCGAUCAAGAACUGAGAAAAAAAAUAAAGUAAUAUAUUCACAGUUUACAGUUACAUGUUAAUCGGUAACACUUUAUUGGGGGGGGGGAAUAUUUUUAGGUACAUGAGGCGUUGGGAUUGUGGACGUGGUUGAUUAACAUUUAUGCUCCUGCUACGUACACAUCACAUUGGUACAACGGCGAUAAGGACAGCAACGAGAUGUACAUCAGUGACAUGAGCUCUGUUUUGAUUGGCAUGCCAAGGAUCAGACAACUGAGGAUCGUAAGAGGUAAGCGUGGUGUAAAAUAUUAUUUUUUCUCUGCCCCACGUUACUUUCCAUUGCUCAUUUGUCAAUCAAGCCAGCUAUUUCAAGGACAACGAGUUACAGUUUUGAUUUUCUUCGUGUUCUUCGAGUUUUUUUAACUUUGGUAGCUUAGUUUUGUUACUCGUUUAUCGAUGUUUUUUGUGCCUAGGCUUCGGCACCAAAGUGUAUAGGGCUAUAAGCUUUCCUUUCCAGGAUAAAUAUCUCAUGGCAAUGGUGAUAUUAAAACAAGGCACCUUCUUUCUGCUAAGGGCCUUCUAUUUAAAAAAUAGAAAAUAGUGUAGAGGAAGCCGAAAAGCUGGAAAUUUGGGGUUGGGAUCUACGUAGUCACUUCUUAGUUUUUCUAAGGGUUCAACUCUAGGAUUUAAGUUUGUUUUCGACGAAAAUUUGCCCUAAAUAUCCUCACUAAAAAUAACAAUAUCAAGGCUUUCAAAAAUAUGGUCUGUUUCACGGGUUCCACGAUCGUUUUUCAGGUUGUUGAAAGGAGGAUUUCACUCCAAGUUUUUUUUUGUUAUUGCUUUUAGAUAAUUAUUGCGGUCAUGAUUAGCGGCAGCAGGAAUUUAAAUUGCAGAUUCGGUUUGGUCAACGUUAGCAUGUUAUUGAGAGGCGCAUGAAAGUAGCUCAGGCAAGUCUGGAUUGCUCUGAUACAAAAUUUGGGUGUUCAAGAGGAACACGUUUGUCAAAACCCGUGAUGAGGAUUUUUUUGUAUUUACUCUCCUAUAUGCGCUGAAUUUACUUCUUUUUGUGCUUAAUGUAGCAACAUUGGUGCAUUUUUUGUUUUGAUCAACAGACUCUUGUCCUAAGAUACUCGUGGAAAUCUAUAACGUUACUGAAGUAUGCUAUCCUAACUAUGCCAUUUGCUGUGAAGAUAAAACACCAGUGUACCUCCCGAAAUGGAAACUUCCUCCAACUGGUGUUUCACGUUCUUCGUUCGAUAUAUUAUGUCCAAAGCCUUGGCGGUAUCAUACCUCAGAAGAAAUAAAUAGUUUACCAAAAGUAACCCCUCGAGGAACAUAUGGAGGAGGUGGUUAUGUUGCCGAUCUAGGCUACGACUUGCAAACAGCAAGAAACGUUAUGAAGAACUUAAAUGAGAACAGCUGGAUCGAUCGGCGAACUCGAGCUGUCGUCUUGGAAUUUAACAUUUUCAACAGUAACAUGAACAUCCUCGUGGUCGCACAGUACUUCUUCGAAUUCCUGCCAACAGGUGGUGUUUUCAAGUACGUAAGUGUGCAAAUGUUGAACUUGUAUGGAACAGAGACUGGUUCAGUGCAGCUUGUCUUACUUUGUCGUCUUCUUCUCCUGAUCAUGAUCAUCGCCUUCAGUGUAAUUCAAGUGGUCAAAAUGUACCGUCGAAGAAAGUUAUACUUCAAAAACAUUUGGAACUGGCUUAUUCUUGCCCUCAUCAUUACUUCUAUAACAUCUGUAGUUCUUCACAUCAUUCGAGAGAAGGCCAUGGAAGACACCAUAAAGGAACUUCAGAGGAACAUUUAUGCCAUGGUCGGCUUCCACAAACCUUUACGUUUGAUGCACUUUGAAACUGCUGCUCUGUCCAUCGUCAUCUUUCUGGCGACAGUUAAGCUGCUGAGACUCCUACGCUUUAGCAAGCAAACAGUAUUUCUGUCGAUAACAGUUCGAUUUGCUGGAAAAUAUUUGUUUUCCUUCUCGUUCGUUUUCAUUGUCAUUUUCUGUUCGUUUGCCAUGUCUGGUAUGAUAGCAUUUGGAUCUGUUGUGGAGUCCUAUUCCAGUUUCCCACGUGCUUGUGUGGCUCAGUUUGAAUUCCUACUCGGAAAGGCUGUGCCCACUUUUCAAAUGGCAAAAGUAAACCCUUUUCUUUCCUUUUUGUUUUCCAUCCUUUACAUUUGCUCUAUGACUCUCCUUUUCCUCAAUCUUAUCAUCGUCAUUUUGAACUGUGCUUUGGAGGAGGUUAAGGAUAAUCCAGAUUCUGUGGUAGAUGAGCUCGACUUGGCCGAAUUUAUGAUAAGUUAUUUAUUCCGAGGCAUUUCUAAUCUAUUUGGCUGGAAAAAACCCAAGAAACUUCACUGCGAAAGAACGACCUUUGAAGACGGGUGCGCCUAUGUUAAGAAAUGUCUUACAGAGAUCGAUCAUAGACUGUUCGUAUUGUCAGAGGACACCUUUCCAGCAGAACUUUUGCAGAAAGUUCGAAUGAUGUAUACAUCUCCUUGCCAAACACAGUCUAAGUUGGUUAACAGUGAACCAGGUUCUGACAGCAAAACACCGUCCUCUCACCAAGAUGGGAGGCAAGAAGAAACUCUUGACAAUCCCGAAAGGGAAGUUGUAGUGGAAGAGGACUGCAUUCCUUCGAAUUUCAAAAUGAAA